UGCUUGAGCGCUUGUCCUUACACCCUAGACACAAGAUAACCACUUCACACGUACGUAUCCGACUUUUGACUGGCGAAAGCGGUUUCCAGCACAACAUGGGAUCCGCUGUGAUCUGCAAGUGCACUCUUCCCAGCUUCGUCGGUUUUCAGAGCACCUCAAGGCCUCUUCGCAAGCAGAUAAAGCUCUCAUCAACGCGGAAAGACGGUGGGCGCGCAUCGCGCGUGGCACCAAGAGCAGGCCUGGAGAUCGACUGGAGCGACCCUGACACACUCAUCGGCGUGGCUGGCGGCGUGCUGGGUCUGCUAGUUGGCAUUGGCGCACCCCUGUUCUACAUCAGCAGAGAUGAGAAGGACGAGCAGAAGCUGGAGGAACUCAGGGAGCUGAACAGGCAGACCUUCAAGGAAACUGGAGAGUACCUGACAGAGGAGGAGAUCAAGGCUUUCCGCCAGCCGCGCUGGACUGACCGCAGGGAGUUCCAGGAUGAUGAUUGAGAGCUGUAUCGGCCACUGCAACGGGAAAUAUCCUCAGACUUCCGAGCAAGCCUGCUUGCAUUGACACUAUUUUGAAAACGCGAGACUGCAAUUCAGGAGGCUGGAGAUGAGGGUUGCAGCUCAGUACUGAAGAAAGAUGAGAGUGAUUUGAGGGAGAUAAGAAUCCAGAACAGAGCUUCUACCCAUUGAUUUAAAGCGAGUGCCUCAAUUUGAGAGGCACGUAUGAGUCAGGUUGAACAGGGCAACUCGUGAACAUGUGAGUAGCUGCUUUGCUAUAAUUAUGAUGUCCACCUGUCACUGUGGAAUGGCAGGAGCACACAGUGUCAUGUUUUGGAUUGGCCACCAUGGUUAGAGUUGGUGCGACGCAGAUGCUCCAAGCUGCAUUAUGUUGGUCACGUGAGGCCCUCCGGGUGCAUUCAGUACUAAGUAGUACUUAAUGCAUAGUAAGUUCCUUGCGCGGGUGAGUCACUCAAGUAUACGGUAUUAUAACGUAUCAGUAUGGUACUAACGCGGAGGGGCACGUGCACGGCCGAUUGAUCACGCGACUUCAAGUCACAAGUUGUGACUUGUGCUACUGUGUUGCAACGGUACUGAUGGACACCAGUGGCUGGCACCACUUGACAUAGCGGAAAUCAGGUACUUUC